UUGAUUACCUCUCUGACUUUUCUUUAGAUUGAAAAGGAUAUCAAAUCCUACAUUGCGGUGUAUCAUCCAUCAGUGUAUUUUAUAUUGACCAGGCGGCAUAUCAUGGAAGAAAUCCUUGGUUUGAUUAACAAAGAAGAUUUAAUUAGAAGAAAUCUCAUCUAUUUUUUUUUAUGGGUUAAAAAACCGAUGACGACUUUCUUUUUGAGGGAGCAGAUCAUUGAAGCGGCUCGUGUUUGUGUCAUCACAAAUUCAAAGCCUGAUUUGUACAAAGUAUUUUACAAUCAAGCUUCAUCUGAUGGACUUUCCAAUUUGAAACUGGUCAACUGGUGGUCUCUUGAAAAAGGCCUCUUCCGACAGCCACUUCUUCCUGACCCAAAACAGAUCUACAAAAAUUUUCACAGGAGGGAAUUCGAAGUCCCAGUUUUACAUAAACCUCCAUGGAAUUUCGUUAGCUACACAAACGACAGCAUUCGAGUAAUAGGUGGGCGAGACGACAAACUAAUAUCUUUAUUAGCUAGCAAAUUUAAGUUCAGAUACACCUACAUAGACCCCCCCGAGCGUAUUCAAGGUGCUGGUGUGAAUGGUACAAUGACAGGGGUCCUUGGAAUGAUCUUGCGAAGGGAAGUUCAGUUAUUUGCAGGAGAUUUAGGACUGACUUACGAAAGGAACCAAGCUGUUGAAUUCACUUUUCCAACUUUAGCAGACAGUGAGGUCUUUCUGACGCAUUCCCCUGGUAGACUCAAUGAGGCAUUGGCAUUAGUGCGACCUUUCCAAUGGCAAGUAUGGCUUUUAGUCGUUUUGACAGUGGUAGCAUCAGGCCCUCUGCUGUUCAUCAUUAUUGAGACCCCUACAUGUUGGCAAAAAAAAUCAAGGUCCAUGAAGCCUAGAAAUCAUUGGAAAGUAUUUUUAAACUGCGUUUGGGUUUCGUUUACCAUCCUCCUUCAGCAAAGUAUUAGGCUGCCCUCUUCGAGUUGCCGUUACAGACUUGUAAUGAGUAUUUUCAUUUUGAGUGUCGUGUAUGUUAUUGGAGACAUGUAUUCAGCAAAUUUAACGUCAAUACUUGCUCAUCCAAGUAAAGAGCAACCGAUCAGCACCCUUGAUCAAUUGGCUGACGCCAUGCUAUUUAAAGAUUAUCAGCUACUUGUUGAGAAACAAAGCUCAUCGCACGCUCUACUGGAGAAUGGAACUGGUGUCUAUUCGUGGAUGUGGAAGAAAAUGAAGAAACAGCCUUUGAAUCUGAUCGACAAUAUUGAAGAAGGUAUGAAAUAUGUUAAAGAGAGAAGGAACUAUGCUCUCCUUGGUGGAAGAGAAACUUUUACUUUUGACACAAGAAGAUUUGGAACUCAACAUUUUCACAUUAGCGAAAAGCUGAACACAAAAUAUUCUGCAAUUGCUGUCCAACUAGGGUGUCCUUUUUUGGAACUUUUCAAUGAGCAGCUGAUGUUCCUGUAUGAAGCAGGGAUUUUGAACAAAAUCACAGAAGAAGAGUACCAGAAAUUGGGAGAGUUGAAAGUAGACGAAGAGGUUUCAGAAGGUGGUUCGGCAAACACUGGAACGGCCAAGCAAAAAGAUGACGAGGAAAGUACUGCAAUGACCAUGACUUCACUCCAAGGAUCAUUCUAUGUUCUUAUUGUUGGACAUUUGAUAAGCACCGUGGUACUGUUAAUUGAAAAGCUAUACCAUAGAUAUAACAGCAUACUCAUUGGCUACUCAAGAAAAAUUGCAGCUCUCAUUCGAAAAAAACAGCCCAUCAACAAAGCAGAAAUGCUGGAACGUCACUACCGAUAUUUAAACUAAAUAUCAGCAGCCUCGCUUAAUUUGUUUAAUAUCGGUAUGUAAUUCUUCACUUAUUCUCCUUUAUGAUAAAACAUGGUUGCUUUAACAAGAUCGUCUGUUAAUGUAAGAUGAAGACAAAAUGUCCCAAGUACCUGGCUAAGAUCUUAAAGGCACUAUGUAAAUUUAUUCACAAAUUAUUUAUGUACUAAUUCUCUUUAACUUUUUUCACUUAACCAAGCUUUCAAUUAAUUAACUCUCCUCAGCUCCAAGGAAUGAUUACAUCUGUUGAGAAAGAAACUAUCAAAGUUUGUAUUCUUGAGUCCCUGUAAAAGCUGCCAAGAAAAUUUUCUCAGGGGAGAAUGGAACAUCUGGAAGCAAAAAAAUUCGGUUAGGAGUUAGACAGAGUUCAUUUACAGCUUCAAAUGAGUGACCUCACCCUAGAAUUAAUGUUCACAGAAAGUCAAAAUCCAACAAAGUACCCCUUUCAGGAACUUCCUGGAAGUUAAAAGCAUAGUUUUAUAUUUUAAACCCUUAGGUUAAGACUAGAAUUAAGUAAGUACAUUGCUAAACUUAGUGUAAUUACUAAACAUUCCUCUACGGCGGUGGUCGUACAACUCUUUACAAGUUAAUAACACAAAAACAAACACACAAAACUCCCACUUGUGACCUUAUCCUCAGAUGACAUCACAUCGCAUUGAUAAAGGAAUUAUUUUUGCUAUCAUGGGUGGAUUUAUUUAAUAAUUUCCUUUAAUUUAAGGAUUAACCUUGAAUAAUUAUAAUUUGAUUUCUCAAUUUUAUAUUAUAUUUAUGGGAGUAAAUUUAACGUUUUUCCCACAACAUUUUCUUUGUCUCAGAGCAAUGCCUCGUUUGUAUUCUGAUUAUCCUGAUUGUUAUUUAUUGCAAUAUAGUAAAAUUAGUGAUUAGUAGAUGUGUCAGAAA